AUGAGUGUGACAUUACUAUGGUAUUUUCUUAAAAGAAGUCCUAAAUUUAUUAUUAUUAUCCUAAAUUUUAUUACCAUAUUUUUGACUUUUUUCUUAUUAACUGGGUGCUAUAACGAACAAAAUAAAAACACAUUUCUUGUUAAGUAUCAAUUCAAUAAACACUCAUCAUUUUUCCCUAUAAUUAAACAGUCCUAUGACAAUACUAAUAGUAACAAAACGCAGGGACUUGAAAAUAUUGUAAUCAGGUCUGGUUACAUGGGUAUCUGCAUUGACAAUAUUCCAAAUAAUUAUAAUUUACACAAUCAACCAUUAAAAUCCACAUGUUAUCCAAGAAAAAAUAUAUCAGAUGUUUCAUUCUACAAUGACUUAAUGAUUAAAAUAUCAAGUGUCAAUUCACAAAACUCAUCGGUAUCAACUGAUAAAACAAAUUUAAACAUUUUAAAAUUAGCUCAAAUAACUUCAGUAAACAUAAUUCAUCCCUAUAUUUUAGGUGCAACAAUAAUUCUAUCACUCAUCCACUUCCUACUUUUAUUCUAUUUAAUGAUUCCUCAUGUACCCUUGAAAAAAUAUAUCAAUAAACCGAUGUUUUUGUUAAGCCUCAUUAUGACUCUACUUUGGGGGAUAGGUGCUACUUGGACUCAUAUUGCUGUUCAUUCAGCUUUUGAUUUUAUCCCUGAAGCAAGUAUGAAUAUUAUUAAAGUAAAGAAAGGUAAAAAAGCUGCUUUAAUGUCUUGGUUUUCUUUUUCUUUUUUGCUACUUAUAUCCUGUAUUCUGUUUGCUAAUGAAUGGAAAAACAGUCAAGAUUCAGAAAAUGAAAAUGCACAUGAAAGUGAUAAAGAAAAUAUUUAUAAUUAUCAUUAUUACUCCUCUGACGGUUCUUCUUUUGGUACAAAAGUAUGA